GAAAGAAAAUCGCCAACGAUACCCACGCGGUCACACACACAUAUUCAUACAUACAGAUACAACUACAUACCGUGUGUACGCACACGGAGAGGUUUCUGUAUGUUUUAUGCAUCCAAAGCUUAUUCAUACUCGUACACCCACCCAUGAACGGCUUUUUGCUGCUGUCCAGGAGAUUCUGUCAUUUUUAUUAUUGCUGCCAACUGUCUCUGCCCCUGUCCUUCCUCUUUGGUGAUGGUCAUCAACCUUUGAAGUUUCUUUCCUUCAACAACAAGAUCAGCAACAACGAUGUUUCGAUCGAAUCGGUCCAGCAGCCACUCUCAGCAUCAUGAAGCACGGGACAUAACAACAACAGCAGCGGCAAGAACACCACCGUUAUCUGCUGCAGCUCCUGACGAAACGUCUGUGGCACUUUUAGCUCUCACUGCUAGCGAUCACCAAAGCGAUUACGCUGGCAUAAAAAAUACGAACGACCUCAACUGCAGCAUCGGAUACGCCAACCCCACCAACAGGGAUGUUGACAGCGGCUAUUUUGUUAACGGUAUAUACAAGAGAAAAACCAAUGAUAACAAAUCAAAAUCAUGGCCCGCGAUUAAGAAAAUUAUAAAGAAAACAAGAAGAGCAAAUUUCCUUAUGGAUGCUUUAGUUUUCGUUAUCAGUAUAUUUGCAGGAAUUCAGCUAUCAAUGUUGAUAUUCUCUAUGUAUUACCCUGAAAAUUUUCUCAAGUGUUCAGAUGUAACUUUCAACACAGAAAAUCAGGCUUCGAUUCCUCCUUUCGUCGAAGAACUCGGAGAUUUCCAUUUCAACCCGGGGCCCAAGAAAAAACUCGUUUUGGUGAGCGUCAUGACGAGUUCGCAGUAUUUCAAUAACCGCGACUGGGCCAUCCGAAUGACGUGGCUGAAAUCGAUCCCUGGCGACGUGGUCUUCUUCGUCGGCAACAGCACAGAUCCAGCUCCUCCCGGGAUGCCCCUAGUGAGGCUGAAUCGCGUACCAGACAACGUCUACCCGCCGCAGGGCAAAGUAUUCGAGAUGUUGAAAUAUAUACACGAAAACCAUGCGGAUAAAUACGAGUAUUUCAUCCGUGCUGAUGAUGACGUGUUUAUAAAGGGCCAAGAACUCGGAAGUUUGUUCAGGUCCUUAAACAGCGACGAGAAGAUCUACAUGGGCCAUUACGGUCAAGGGGUUCCUGAGGAGAUCGGAAAACUAGGGAUUGGAAAGAGUUACUGGUACUGCAUAGGUGGCCCAGGGGUUAUAUUUAGUCACAAAGCACUGAAAGUGUUGGCCCCAAAUCUGGACAAUUGCAAAGGAGACACUGCCACGACCCAUGAAGACACUGAAUUAGGUAGAUGUGUGGAAAAUUACCUGAAAGUUCAAUGCAAAUCAAACAGAAAGGUGAGAGCCUUAUUCUACCAGAAUUACCGUGAAGUGAAGGGGACUUUUAACCAUGAACUAGGGCAAAAGGAAAGUCAUGCGUUCACAUUGCAUCCAGUGAAGAAUACCAGUUUCGUCGUACGUUUGGCACUGCAUUUCAAGCAUGAUGAAAUUAAAUGGCUGCAAAAAAAGACGGACAACUUGAGAAAUGAGAUGGGAAUGGUGAAGAGGGUGAUUACUGGAAAACACAUGAAGCGUUGGUCAAUGCCUGUAAUAAAGUAUCUUCAUAAUAUCGAAUAUUUUAAUAGAAAACAUGAAGCGAAGAAGGCCUCUGUCAGAUUUUGGUACGAUACUGGUGAUGUUGACGCACAGUGGGAGAAUAUUGAAAUGGAGUCAAUUUAUUCCAUGGCAAAUAUUCAUCAGGCACCGAAACAGAAGCUGAGUGUGAAAAAACAUGAUGAAACCGUACAGAAUGCUGUCAGAGCUCUUCUUAGUCAUUAUUGGGAAGGAGUUGAUAAUAUCAAGUUUAAGAAGCUUCUGCAAGCCUAUCGCUACAUGUCACCCAUCCAAGGUGUACAACAUCUGCUACAUGUCUACUUAUUGCAACGCAAGACUAAAAGUGGUUAUUACAAUGGCACAUUUAUGGCCUCACAGCGUCUACUGCCUCUGGAGUUUACCGAGGACGAAGACAUGCUUAAGGAUCGUUUUGAUAUCAAUACCAAAUACGGUAGGCAGGUGAAAGAGAUCAAUCUGAUUAUACCGAUUGCUGGAAAAUUAGAAGCAUUUGUACGAUUUACAGAGGCACUAGAGAAGAUCUUCAAACGAACACCAGAGAACCUCAAAGUGAUUCUUGCAAUCUAUAAAGACCCAGAAGGAAGCUGGAUCAAACAGAUCACGCUGAUGAGACGUUUGCAGUCUCAGUACCAUUCCAUGAAACUGGAAGUGACAUUUCUGACUGGAGAUUUUACUCGUGGGGUGGCAUUGCAGCAUGGUGUGAAAAACUGCAGUAAUGACUCCCUUCUUCUUUUUAUUGAUAUCGAUAUGGCCAUCACAGAGGAAUUUCUACAUCGAGUACGAAUAACUACAAUAUACGGCAAGCAAGUGUAUUUUCCGAUUUAUUUCAGCCAGUUUGAUCCUGAAUCUAUUUGCCACAAACCAAAUUGUAAGAAGAACCAUUACUUAUUUGGCAAGGAUGAUGGCUUUUGGAUAUAUUUCGGUUUUGGUAUGGUAUCCAUCUACAAAAAGGACUUUCUGGAAGUGGGCGGCUAUGACACAAACAUUAAAGGGUGGGGUAAAGAGGACAUAGAUUUCUAUGAAUUGUGCAUCAAAUCUAACCUGACAGUAAUCCGGGCCCCGGAUUUGUCACUGAUACACGUUUACCACCCAAAAUUCUGUUCAAAGGAUUUGAAUGCAGAACAGUACCAAAUGUGUCUAGAUUCAAAAAUCAGUAUCUUUUGGUCGCUACAUAAGGAAGCCGAGGCUGUCUACAGAUUACCGAAGAUAUUAAAUAAAUAACAAAGACAAACAUGUGUCAUGUUGAAUUUCCUUGAGAAGUGCAUUAAGGGUACACAUGUCUGUGGAAUACUCAGCCAUUUGGAUGUUAAUUUCACGAGCAACUUGUUCUGUUGAUCAAAAUCAACUGGAACCUUCGUUAUAACCGACAGAUUACCAGUUAUUUCUUGUUCUUCCUGUCCACUCAGCCAGCAAAAAUGAGUCGUACCUGUAUUUCAAAGAGCCAGUUGUGUCACAUUCGGUGUGACCUGCUGAAUCUCCCUGCAAAUUACAAGUCUCUGUGGAGUACUCAGCCGCUUGCACAUUAACCCUUUCAUUACCAACCUGGCUGAAACCGGCUAUGGUUCUGAGUACAAAUGUCUUGUUUUCAUAAGAUUUGAGUU